ACUAUUUUGAUUAGCAAAUCACGAUUUGCUAGCCAUUGAAAUAGUAGCGUAAUAUCCAACUACUAACGUAAAUGUAUUCACUAAUUUCUAAAAUAUAUUCCAUCUGGUCCUUGCAAAACUGUGGGUUGUUUACAUUCUAUGCUAUCAAUUCAAUGUGAGUUGCAAAGCCUAAAAAGUGUUUAUAGUGAAAAAUUUAUGUGUGUUGAAACAUCAAAUACUUUAUUUUAUUUAAAAUAUAUUUAAAAGAUUAAAAAUUAAUUUAACUUUAUAAUCAUGAAUUGUGAACUAUGCUUGUGUCCUAUACGAAGGACCAAAUCAUACAGCAUAUAUGAAGAGUUUUUCGACGACAAAAAUCGUUUAGUCGAUGUAAUUGAAAAAUAUUUACAAAUGGAGAUAAGAGUAACUGGAUACCAAUCGGCUUUGCUAUGCCAAUCAUGUUAUACACAUUUGGAUGAUUUCCACAAGUUUGCCUUGUUGAUAAAGGAGAGGCAGGAAUCAUUGACAAAUGUCAAUAUACCCGUAAUAAAAUUGGAAAGUUCCGAUGAGGAAGAAGAAAAUGAACAAUCAUAUAAUGGAUAUAUACGAGACUCAGAUGUUGUUGUGGAAUUCCAAGCAGAGGGAGAUGAUCAAAGAAAUGGUAGUAAAACUACCAUGCAAUUUGGCGACGAUGAACUUUUAAUUCCUAGCAGUGAUUUUCAAAAUAAUUCCAACUACUCAGCAUUUGAGCAAAUGUCAUGGCUAUCAGGUGAAGAUUCUAGAUCGAGGACUUCUUCCAAGGCACCAGUACGCAAAACCCCCUACAAAACCCACAAUCCAGAAGAUCGUUCUCGUAUAGUUGAAGCCGCAAAUCGUGGAGAUGAUUGGUCAGCAUUAGCUUCUAGGCUGGGUGUUAAAUAUAAAACUGCCUACACCUGGGUUUCAACCAGUCGCAAAGAGAUGUUUCUCAAAAGUGGAAAAAUGUCCUUUAACGAAGACGAAAUAAAAACAAUAAUCCUUUGGAUAGAAGAAAAUCGUCGAUUAACACUAAAGGAAAUUGUUGCUAAAAUCAAAACCCAUUUUAAUAAGGAUGUUUGUGUCUAUUUCGUUGAGUGUACUCUGGAAGGGCGACUUUAUCAUUAUCAGCGAUCUCAAGACUAUCAUCCGCAUCUGGUGAACACCCUUGAAAAUAAAACAAAACGUUCGGAAUUUGUAAAAACUUUGGAGUAUUAUAUGGAUCAGAAUAAGACCAUAAUUUGGUUGGGUGAAACAAUUUUCAAAAUGUUUUGUCGUCGAGCCAAAGGAAGGUUUAAUACCAAUUCUGCAUUUUUUGCAACAUGUGAUCCCACAUUGUAUAUGAUGGGUGCUAUAACACAAGAUGGUGUAAUCGGUCUUAAACGUAGUCGUGAACGUUUGCGACCUGAAGAAAUUUUCAAAGAUUGGAUACAGUCUAGCAAAUGUGAUGUUACAAAAUUAGUUAUUGUAUGCGAUAAUGAUUAUUGUUUCUCCGAACUAGAUGAAUACUUUAAUAAUUCCGACGUAACAUUACUAUUAUUAAGUCCUUACUCUUACAUGCUAAAUCCAUUGGAAUUCAUUUGGAAUAGCAUAAAAGUAAAUGUUAAAAGUCAAUCUCAUAUUUCCCUUUUUAACCCGAACGAUGUUAGAGAACAGCGUUUAAUAUUCGCUGAGAAAUGUAUCGAUGACCUAUUGCCUUUAAUUACAAAAGAUGAUUGUAUCAAGGCUAUAGAGAAUGUUAAGAAAUGUCAUAACGAUAUACUGGACAUGCAGGAUAUGUCAGUUUAAUAGGUAUAUUGGUGAUAAGAAGCAUGCUUACACCUUUUUAUUUGAGAUAUAUGUAUUAAUGCAAAAUAUAGUAUAUAGAAAGAUAUAUUUUUAUGUUAAAAAUAUAUAAUUUAUUGAGCGUAUGCAUAUUUAUGUUUUUAAACCUUAAUUUUAUUAUAACAUAUUAAUUUUAGCCAUUCAUAGAGAACUAUAUAAAAUAAAAAAAUACAAUGUUAGUACAAAUUAUUUAUUUAAAUUUGAGAUUUCUUUUUCAAUUUAACAAUAGUUUUUGGUGGAGAAGUUCAUUAACCUGUGACAAACGACAGUCUCAUUACAGAAAUUGAU